GGAAACAUCUUGUACUAUUCGAGAGGAUUCGAUUUGUAGAUAUAUUCACACGUGUUCUGUGAAGUUCGUUUUAGAAAAAGGUGUUAUAGAUUCGGAGUGUGACAACAAGAACCAUGAGCGCUAGCGGAGGAGGAGACGAUCAGAGAGAGUCGCGGAUUCCAAGUAACAUGAAGGGCCUCAUGCAGUUUUGUAUCGAACAAGGGUCCGCAUGCGACAAUCCCGAUGGGGUAAUCAGCGAAAUGUCAGCUGAGAGACGGGAAUGGCUAGAGUCUGCUUUGAAUGAUAUGACUUCAAAUCCUGUCAACAGGAUGAAGGAAGGACUUGGGAAGUUGAACCAACCUGACAAUGAAGAUGAUGAAAAUUUGACAGAUGAAAAAAUAUCUGUUCUUGAGGAAAUGAUGGAAUGGUGUGAAAAUAUUGACUUAGCAAUAGAUUUUCACAAGAUUGGAGGUUAUGAAGUGUUGAAAAAGCAGUUUGACCACAGUGAGCCGGAAAUAAGAUGGAAUGCGUUAGAGCUCCUAGGAAUCCUCGUACAGAACAAUCCCUACUGCCAGGAUGCAGCACUUAAACAUGAGUUGCUUCCCCUUGUACUACAUAUGGUGGAUAAUGACAGCAAUGCCACUGUCCGCACAAAGGCACUUUUUGCUAUCUCAUGUUUAUGCAGAGAUGUGCCUGAUGCUCAAAAGGUGUUCGUUGACAAUGAUGGAUUUUCUGUAGUUAUGAGAGCUAUGCAGUCUGAUGUUGAAAAACUGAAGAUUAAAGCAGCUUUCAUGCUGAGUAGUCUGUGUAAUGAUAAACCAGAGUUUAAAGAUAUAAUGUGUGACAUAGGUAUGAUUGACCAGCUAGUGGGACAUCUACAGGAAGAACAUAGUAGUUUUCAUGAACACAUAAUGUCAGCCUUGCUGACAAUUGUCCGUGACAACCCAAGGGCAUGUACAGAGUGCCAACGCCAUGAACUAAAUCUGCUCAGUACACUGAAUGACAGGGUAGAUUUACUGAAAGGGAAGGAAGAGUUUCAGGAAGAAAGAGAGUACGCCACAGAGCUGCUAAGGCUAUUACAAGAUCAAGAUAUUUCAGAUGUGGCUAGAUGACCAUUUGAAGUGUUAAGUAAGGAAGGAGUGAACUCUGGAUCUGGAUACUAGGCUAUGCAGUCAAGCUUGAGAUGGCCAUGCAUGCACAGAUGCGCUUCCGUGAUUGUUAAAGUAACAUGUUGCUGUUUAAGUGUAUUAGUCUCAGAAUAAAGUCACCUGUUCAUCAGUCAAGA